CCUCCCGGAAGUUUGUGGGUCUUCGCAGCAGGUCAGAGGUGAGCGAUGGGAGGCUAGGGCAGGCCUUGGUGAAUAACUCCCGAGUUGUGCUCCCGGGCGUCACGAGUUGGAAGAACCAGGUUAGAUGACGGUUUAAGAUACAAAGAGGCAGGAAAACAGCUAGCAUUUUAAGCAAAGAUGUCAGGAGUUGGAAAUAAAAGAGCAGCUGGAGAGCCUGGCACAUCCAUGCUUCCAGAGAAGAAAGCAGCUGUUGAAGAUUCUGGGACUACGGUGGAAACAAUUAAGCUAGGGGGUGUUUCUUCAACGGAGGAGUCAGACAUCCGAACACUGCAAACCAAAAACCGCAAGCUCGCAGAAAUGCUAGAUCAGCGGCAGGCCAUUGAGGAUGAACUUCGUGAGCACAUUGAAAAAUUGGAACGGCGGCAGGCGACUGAUGAUGCCUCCCUGUUGAUUGUCAACCGGUACUGGAGUCAGUUUGAUGAAAACAUCCGUAUCAUCCUUAAACGUUAUGAUCUGGAGCAGGGUUUAGGAGAUCUACUCACAGAAAGGAAAGCCCUUGUUGUGCCAGAACCGGAACCUGACUCAGAUAGCAAUCAAGAACGCAAAGAUGACCGAGAGAGAGGGGAGGGGCAAGAGCCAGCUUUCUCUUUCCUUGCUACUUUGGCCAGCAGUUCCAGUGAAGAGAUGGAAUCUCAGCUGCAGGAGCGUGUGGAGUCCUCCCGCCGAGCAGUAUCCCAAAUUGUGACUGUCUAUGAUAAACUACAAGAAAAAGUGGAGCUUUUAUCCCGGAAACUGAACAGUGGAGAUAAUCUGAUAGUGGAGGAAGCAGUGCAGGAGUUGAAUUCCUUCCUCAUACAAGAGAAUAUGAGGCUACAGGAAUUGACAGACUUACUUCAGGAGAAGCAUCAUACCAUGUCUCAAGAGUUCUCCAAGUUGCAGAGUAAGGUGGAGACAGCUGAGUCACGAGGGUCUGACCUGGAGUCUAUGAUUGAUGAUCUGCAGUGGGAUAUUGACAAAAUUCGCAAACGAGAACAAAGACUCAACCGACACUUAGCAGAAGUUCUAGAACGGGUGAAUUCAAAAGGUUACAAGGUAUAUGGUGCAGGGAGCAGUCUCUAUGGUGGCACAAUCACUAUCAAUGCCCGGAAGUUUGAGGAAAUGAAUGCAGAGCUUGAGGAGAACAAAGAGUUGGCUCAGAACCGACACUGUGAACUGGAGAAACUUCGGCAAGACUUUGAGGAGGUCACUACCCAGAAUGAAAAGUUGAAGGUGGAACUGCGGAGUGCAGUGGAGGAAGUGGUUAAGGAAACCCCGGAAUAUCGUUGCAUGCAGUCACAGUUCUCAGUGCUGUACAAUGAGAGCCUGCAGUUGAAAGCACACCUGGAUGAGGCGCGAACCCUGCUGCAUGGCACCAGGGGAACACACCAGCGCCAAGUUGAGCUCAUUGAGCGAGAUGAAGUUAGUCUUCAUAAGAAACUGAGGACUGAAGUGAUUCAGCUGGAAGAUACGCUGGCCCAGGUCCGCAAGGAGUACGAAAUGCUAAGGAUAGAAUUUGAGCAGACCCUUGCUGCUAAUGAGCAAGCAGGCCCUAUAAACCGGGAGAUGCGCCAUCUCAUCAGUAGCCUCCAGAAUCACAAUCACCAGCUGAAAGGGGAGGUCCUGAGGUAUAAGCGGAAACUGAGAGAAGCCCAAUCCGACCUGAACAAGACACGUCUGCGUAGUGGCAGUUCCCUUCUGCAGUCCCAGUCUAGUACUGAGGACCCUAAGGAUGAACCUGCAGAGACAAAACAGGAUUCCGAGGACUUAUCCAUCCAGUCUUCAGCAUCAAAGUCAUCUCAGGAGGAUGUCAAUGAAAUUAAGUCCAAACGAGAUGAAGAAGAGAGAGAACGAGAAAGGAAGGAGAAAGAAAGGGAGCGAGAAAGAGAACGAGAGAAGGAAAAGGAGAGAGAACGAGAGAAGCAGAAACUGAAAGAAUCAGAAAAAGAGAGAGAUUCUGUGAAGGAUAAAGAAAAGGGGAAACAUGAUGAUGGAAGGAAAAAGGAAGCAGAAAUUAUUAAACAACUGAAGAUUGAACUGAAGAAGGCACAAGAGAGCCAAAAGGAGAUGAAACUAUUGCUAGAUAUGUACCGCUCUGCCCCAAAGGAACAGAGGGACAAAGUUCAGUUAAUGGCAGCUGAGAAGAAGUCUAAGGCAGAGUUGGAAGAUCUAAGGCAAAGACUCAAGGAUCUAGAGGAGAAAGAGAAAAAAGAAAACAGGAAGAUGGCUGAUGAGGAGGCCUUGCGGAAGAUCCGGGCGGUAGAGGAGCAGAUUGAGUACUUGCAGAAGAAGCUGGCCAUGGCCAAGCAGGAGGAAGAAGCUCUCCUCUCUGAGAUGGAUGUCACAGGCCAGGCCUUUGAAGACAUGCAGGAACAAAAUAUCCGCUUGAUGCAGCAGUUGCGGGAGAAGGAUGAUGCAAAUUUUAAGCUCAUGUCAGAGCGUAUCAAGUCUAAUCAGAUCCAUAAGUUGCUGAAAGAAGAGAAGGAGGAGCUGGCAGACCAAGUUUUGACUCUGAAGACUCAGGUCGAUGCCCAGUUACAAGUAGUAAGGAAACUGGAAGAGAAGGAACACCUGCUGCAGAGCAACAUUGGCACAGGAGAGAAGGAGCUGGGGCUUAGGACUCAAGCGUUGGAGAUGAACAAGCGCAAGGCAAUGGAGGCAGCUCAGCUUGCAGAUGACCUCAAAGCCCAGCUGGAAUUGGCUCAGAAGAAGCUACAUGAUUUUCAGGAUGAGAUCGUGGAGAACAGUGUCACCAAAGAAAAGGACAUGUUCAAUUUUAAACGAGCCCAAGAGGACAUCUCUAGGCUUCGAAGGAAGUUGGAGACCACAAAGAAACCAGACAAUGUACCCAAAUGUGAUGAGAUUCUGAUGGAGGAGAUUAAGGAUUACAAGGCACGUUUGACCUGUCCAUGCUGCAACAUGCGAAAAAAGGAUGCUGUACUUACCAAGUGUUUUCACGUUUUUUGUUUUGAAUGUGUGAAGACGCGCUAUGACACCCGUCAGCGCAAAUGUCCCAAGUGUAAUGCUGCUUUUGGUGCCAAUGAUUUCCACCGCAUCUACAUUGGUUGAUCCAAGUCAAGAGAAGAAGAGGAGCUGGCCAGCCAGGCACUUACUCAUUAACCUUUUCUCUCAAUUCCCUUUCCUCCUCAGACUUCACAUCCAGUUUCUCCUCUCUAGUAGCUAGGUGACUUUAGGGAAAGGGACUGAUAAAUGCAAGUCUGGGAUUUUAGAAAGAAUUAGAGACAAACUCGUAUUUGUCUUUCCUAUGAGCUUUGUUUAUUUCCUGCUUUGAGACUAAACAUUUUUUUGUUUGGGUCCAUCAUUUAAUCUUGGGUUGUCCACUCCUCCUGAGAAACCAAGUUGGUAUUUUUGACAUGGAGAAGGGAACAAAGAGGACAAAUGUGCUACUAUUUUGGAGGAAUGACCUUUUGGAAAUAAGCUAUCCAUGAGUGCAAACUUUUCUUCAUUUGGGUAGUAAAAUUUUUCUAAACUUGGAUUAUAAAAUGAAACAAUUGUGCUCCUCUUUCCUGGAUUGUUUGAAGCCUUAGUGAAAUUAUAUCCAGGAUAUUUCAAUCUUAUUUCUCAUUUACUAGCAAAGUAACUUAAGGUCAGCUGGCUUUCUGCUAAAGUUAUUUACAUUUUUAAUGUUUAGCUACUUAACAUGUUAAAUUCUUGAGGCCAAAAUAAUUUCAAACUGUUUUAGCCCCUUUUGUCUUCUGAUGAAAUCAAAAUUGGGAGAAGAUGAGGAACAGGAUUGAGAUGGUGAAGAGAACUUCUGUGCACUCUGGGAAAUUAAAACAGAAAGGUCUAGGUGAGCUAUGAAUUACUCAUAUCCUCCUUUCUGUAGGGAUGGUUGUGAUCUCUGUUUUCCAGAAGAUUCUCUGUAAUGUUUCUGUAGGACCUUAUACCCCACAAGCUUUAAUUAAAGCAGGAUUCACUUUUCUUUUGUGUUUGUGAUUUUUCUUUUAAACAUUUUUCUUUGUUAUUACUAGUUAAUUUUAUACUUUCUUUUCUAGAAAUGAAUUCUCUUGAACAGAAGUAAUCAUCUUGGUUUAAGAGGCUGGCUGUGUUUAAAGUAUUUAGUUCCUUAACUGAAGUAGUUUCUUUCAGCUGUUUGAAUGAGUCUGUUCUGAGGAGAGAGAGUACCUAAAAGAUGAUGGUUUGACUACUGAAUUCUCUUCCAUAGUUUACCAUGGUGGGAAAGAGUCAGUGGUUUGUUUUUUAGGGACUAUAUCACUACCUGGCACUUUUAGAUUGAGGGUUCUUGAAUUACUAGUUUUAUAAUAACCAGUAAGCCAGAAAUUUCCUCUCUUGGGUAUGGGAUCAUAGAAAGUGGAUCCUUCCUGAUCCUCACCUUUUGUUGUUUUGUAGUUGUUAACUGUAAUCAGUAGGACUUGUGAUGAAUUUCAUAAAGUCAUAUGAUGUGGGCUAAGAAAUGAGUCUAACUGGGACAAAUACACACACUCACACAAACACACAUCCCCAGUGGGAUGAAGCCCCCUGCUCCUGGACACAAGGUGCAUUUGCACACAAUAAUGCACCAUUUUCUCUUUGCUGAUUGCUUUUCUUACAGGGGAAGCUUGAGAAUAACUUCGUUGAUUGAGGGACAAAUGGACUACUUGGGCAGCAUAUGGUUUGGGUUUAGACAUUAACUCUUUAUGACAAUUGCCUGAGAAAGCCAGUUGCCUAGCACCAGGGGACCGGGGUUUGUGGAAUAUUGUGGAGGAAAACACUAAUCCUAUGGGAAGCUGGGUUUCAGGGAAACUCCUCUAGUAGAGAAGUUAAGUUCAAAGUGAUAGAGUAAGCAAUCAAAGUAAUUUCAGAUAAUGACCAAAAAGGGAGACUUUCUUUUGGCAAUCUAGUUUCUCUGACUAUAGAAAUAGUCAGUGAAUGGGCUAUUAUGUAUUACCAGUUUUCAUUUGUGUUGUAUGUAUAUUAGUUUUCACUUUUUCAGAUUCUUAAAGAAAUUUGGAACAUUUACAAUCUUCCAAAGAUUGGAAACCACAGCUAUAGAUCCAUCUGAACUUCAAAGGGAUUUAUUUCUUCAAAGUAAUACCUAUAAAUGCCACUUUCAGUGAUAUAGAAGUACUAUAGGCUUGUUAAGUUAAACGUUUCAUAUCUUGUAGGGAUUGUCUUUAAAGUUUUUCCUUUUUUUUUUUGGUCCUGGAAAUUUCUCAGCAAUUUUGAUGAAAAUCAAGUUUGCUGUGUCUGAAGCAUGCAUCUUAACCAUGUGGUUUAUCUCUUUUUACUUACUUUAGGGACUUUUUUCAAAGGUUUUAAGCUGUUUCUGCUAGCUGUUAAAUUCAUCAUGAAUUUUCAUUGUAUUCCUUAUUUUAUUCUCUGUCCAGAUACACAGAUGUAAUUAUUUUUCAAGGGCAAAAGUUCUGUGUUUGUAGAAUGAUGUACAUGCCACUGGAGUGAUGAGUGUGAUUUGAUAUUGUGACAAUAAAGAAAUGAUCAUCUGUCUUUUAGA